GCAGUCCCGUUUCGUCCAGGAGCGAUGCCGUCUCAAGGGGAUCUGGACCGUCAGAUCGAGCAUCUGAUGGAGUGCAAGCCUUUGCCCGAGGCGGAGGUUAGGGCGCUCUGCGAUCAGGCUCGGGCGAUUCUAGCGGAGGAGUGGAACGUGCAGCCGGUGAAGUGUCCGGUCACUGUCUGCGGCCAUAUCCACGGCCAGUUCUACGAUCUCAUUGAGCUGCUUAAGAUAGGCGGAAAUGCUCCAGAUACCAACUACCUGUUCAUGGGCGAUUAUGUUGAUCGUGGAUACUACUCGGUGGAGACGGUCACACUCUUAGUGGCCCUUAAGGUCCGUUACAGAGAUAGAAUCACGAUUCUGAGAGGAAACCACGAGAGCAGGCAGAUUACACAAGUCUAUGGGUUCUAACUUCUACGACGAGUGCUUGAGAAAAUAUGGGAAUGCAAACUUGUGGAAGUAUUUUACGGACCUUUUUGAUUAUCUGCCACUCACGGCACUCAUUGAGAGUCAGGUAGAAUGGUGAAUGUUGUCAACGGUAUGUUUGAGUUGGCAUGAUCAAUGAUCGUUCUAUUCUGAAUUUUUGCUGCUAUUUAUUGACGAUGCAGGUUUUCUGUCUGCACGGGGGACUCUCACCUUCUCUUGAUACAUUAGAAAAUAUUCGAGCUUUGGAUCGUAUACAAGAGGUAGGUACCAAUCUUAUGCUCGUUAGACAUCAAGCAUUUCUAUUCUGUCGAAAAAUGCAGCAACCCACAAACCUGUUAUACCCAAAACUUCGAACCUGACCUAUGUGCCACUUAGAAGUGGCAUAGAUCUUUCUGUAGUUAGUUUGAACACUUGUUGUAUGCCAUAGUUUAGUCUGAUUUGUUUUUGGUCUGACUAGGUCCCACACGAAGAACCAAUGUGCGAUCUGCUAUGGUCUGAUCCAGACGAUCGUUGCGGGUGGGGAAUAUCACCUCGCGGUGCUGGGUACACAUUCGGGCAGGACAUUGCUGAACAUUUCAAUCAUACUAAUGGGCUCACCUUGAUUUCACGAGCUCAUCAACUUGUUAUGGAGGGUUACAAUUGGUCCCAGGUGAGAGAGAACGGAUUCCUCAGAUUUGAUUAUUCUAUAGUGAACUUCUUAGUGUUUGGUCAUUGGUGAUAAACCUUUGGUUUGGUUGAUCUACCAUCUCAGGAGAAGAAUGUUGUAACAGUAUUUAGUGCGCCAAACUACUGCUACCGGUGUGGGAACAUGGCUGCAAAAUCCUGGAGAUUGGCGAGAAUAUGGAACAGAAUUUCCUGCAGUUUGACCCGGCUCCUCGCCAAAUUGAACCCGACACCACGAGGAAGACCCCCGACUAUUUUUUGUAAUUCUCGUUUGAUUGCACAUAUGAGAUCAGCCUUUUGUACUACUGAUGGUGCAAUCAGUAUUGUAGUAGAGUGUACUUAAAAGGGAGAUUUUGUUGUGUUCAGAAAAUGGGGUUGGUGAUCGACCGUAAGGAGUGAUUCUUUGUUUCCACAAUCUUAUAAUGAAACUAUGCUCGGACGCAUUAGAAUGUGUCUG